UUCCCUGCACUUCGCGGGAGUUCGAAGGCAAUUUUUCGAAAAUAAAAAAAAAAAAAAAAUAUUUAUAAAUAUAAAUAUCUCGCAAAAAAUUUUGAAUAAAUAAUUUAUUUAUCUUACAUAUAUUAUAAAUUUAAAUUGAACCUUAUUUAAAUUAUACGUUUUUAUUAAUUUAAGAAAAUUUAAGAUUAAUUUUUUACGAACAGGAACUCUCCUGAACAAUACAUUAUAUAGACACUUAUAUUUAUCCAAAUUAUAGAAGAUAACCAUAAUGAGCGAUUCUAAUAGAAAUAAUAUCAGAGUAGUGUGCCGUUUUCGGCCACAGAAUUCUCGUGAGAUAAGGGAAGGUGGUGUUCCCAUUAUAAACUACGAUGAUAAUGGAGACUCAUGUCGUAUGGAGGGUAAAGAAUUUCAAGGAAAUUUUACAUUCGAUAAGAUAUUUCCUCCAGAAACACACCAGAAAUUCUUUUUCGAUGAAUCCAUAAAACCCAUUGUUGAUGAUGUUAUUGGGGGUUAUAAUGGAACUGUAUUUGCCUACGGUCAAACGGGUUCCGGUAAAACACAUACCAUGAUGGGAGAUAUGGACAACGAAGAAUUUAAAGGUCUUAUUCCUCGUAUCGUGGAACAGAUAUUUCACAGUAUUAUUGACUCCCCAUCUACAAUGGAAUAUACCGUAAAGGUUUCUUAUAUGGAAAUUUAUAUGGAGAAGAUUCGUGACUUACUUAAUCCCCAAAAUGACAAUCUUCCUAUCCACGAAGAAAAGAAUAGGGGUGUAUACGUAAAAGGUCUUUUGGAAGUAUACGUCAGUUCCGUACAAGAAGUGUAUGAAGUAAUGAAACGGGGUGGUAACGCUCGUAUUGUAGCAUAUACAAACAUGAAUGCUGAAAGUUCACGAUCACAUUCGAUUUUUGUUAUCACUGUAAACCAAAAGAAUCUCAAUGACGGUAGUGUAAAAAGUGGUAAAUUAUCACUUGUCGAUUUGGCAGGUUCCGAAAAGGUCGGUAAAACGGGUGCGUCUGGACAGACUCUAGAAGAAGCAAAAAAGAUUAACAAAUCCUUAUCUGCGUUGGGUAUGGUAAUUAACGCUCUAACAGACGGAAAGUCUACGCAUAUUCCAUAUCGUGACAGUAAACUUACUAGAAUUCUUCAAGAAUCUCUUGGUGGUAACUCCAGAACAACUUUAAUUAUAAAUUGUUCUCCAUCGUCCUUCAAUGAAGCUGAAACACUAAGUACGCUAAGAUUUGGUAUGAGAGCCAAGAGUAUUAAGAAUAAAGCCAGAGUCAAUGCUGAACUAAGUCCCGCUGAGCUUAAAGCACUUCUCAAGAAAGCUAAAAAUGAAGCUGUUAGCUUUCAACAAUAUAUCUCAGCCCUUGAGGGUGAAGUUGGUGUUUGGCGUUCUGGUGGUACAGUUCCAAAAGAAAAAUGGGCUAGUAUGGACAAAGCUGGUUCGACUUCAACCCAACCUCCAACUCCAACUACACCGUCUAAUCCCGCAAUAGAAGCUGCAAAGAAAGAGGCAGAUUCUCGACCAGGAACUCCUGCACCAAUUUUAGAAAAAGAUGAGCGAGAAGAAUUCUUAAAACGAGAAAAUGAGCUUACAGACCAAAUUGCUGAUAAGGAAACAGUAUUAGCAGCUCAAGAGAAAAUGUUAAAUGAAUUGAAAGAAGAGCUUGACUCUUAUAAAUCACAAGAAGAGAAAAACAAAAAGAUGGAGACUGAACUCGGUGAACUCAAAGUGCAAUUAGAAAAAGUCGCCUAUGAAAAUAAAGAAGGUGCUAUUACAAUGGAUAGUUUGCGUGAAUCUAAUUUAGAGUUAUCCGCCGAAGUAGAUUCACUUAAGAAACAACUUUCGGAACACAGACUUUCUCAGAAAGAAGGUGAUAAAGAGCAAAAGAAACAAGAGAAAAUGGCUGCUAUGCUAGCUGAGCUUGACCCAUCAGGUGUUAUUUCGAAAAAAGAACAGCAAAUUCGGGAUACGUUGCUUAAACUUGAAACGAUUGGUGAUAACAGCUCCCCACUUACGAUGGAAGAACUUUCAACUUUACGACGUGAAUUGUCUGAAUCAAAGACUUUGGUUACACAACAUGAACAAACAAUUAAUGAAUUACAUUAUGAAAAUGAACAUUUGACAAGGAAGAGAGAUGAACUCGAAAUUCGUUUAACCACACUUGAACUCGAAUAUGAGGAAUUGUUGGAUAAGACAAUUGCUGAAGAAGAGGCAAAUAAUAAUAUUGAUAUAACUGAGACAAUAGCAGAAUUAAGAGGUAAAUUGGAAGCACAAUUCGUUGCCAAGAAAGAAGUUCAACAAAAAGAAAUUGAUGAACUAAAACAAGAAUUAGAAAAGAAGAAUGAAGAAUUACAUAAACUUAAUAGCGCUCUUGCUGAAUUGAAAAAAGUUAAUGAAGAUUUACAGACUGCGAUCAGUGAUAAAGAGUCUAAAACGGAGGGACAAAAGAAUGUUGCAGAUAAAGAAAAAGAUAUGGAACGUAUCCGAAAGACAAUGGCACAACAAUUGGCCGAUUUUGAUGUCAUGAAGAAAGCUCUUAUGCGCGAUUUGCAAAAUCGUUGUGAAAAAGUUGUGGAACUUGAAAUCUCAUUAGACGAGACAAGAGAACAAUAUAACAACGUUCUACGUAAUAGCAAUAAUAAGGCACAACAAAAAAAGAUGGCAUUCUUAGAGAGGAACUUAGAACAGCUUACAAAUGUACAAAAACAACUUGUUGAACAAAAUUCAUCACUUAAAAAAGAAGUAGCCAUCGCAGAGCGAAAACUUCUUGCACGUAAUGAACGUAUCCAGGCUCUGGAAGCCUUAUUGCAAGAUGCACAAGAAAAAUUAACUACACAAAAUCAGAAAUUCGAAGCACAAUUACAAGCAGUGCGAGAACGAUUAGAACAAGCAAGAUCUCAAAAAUCAAGUAUUGCUUCCGGCCUCGGUUUUGGUCGCAUUGCCAAACCACUUCGAGGUGGUGUACCAGUCACAGCAGAAAGGAAAUAAUUCAUCUCCUUAAAAAUAUAUAUAUUUUUUUAUUAUAAUAAGUCCAAUCACGGGCAAACGAACGUGGUUUCCAAGCCUUUGUCAGUAAUCGUAAUAAUAUGCUAUAAUAGUUUUAUUUUUAUUAUUAUAUAGUUUAUAUACAAACCUUCUUACCUUCUAAAUUGACCAUUAUUCCGUUUACAACAAAGUAAUAUUAUACCUCCAUCCUCUUCAUUAUAAAAAUCUUGUACGUGUAUUUUAUUUUUGGAAAUUCUAGAAAUUGUAUUUUUUUUCGGGUUUUUGGUUAUCUAAAUUUGGAUCGAAAUAAAUAAAUUAAGGUACAAACUUAUUAAAUCAGAUUUUUAUUUGUCAAUUUUUUUUUUAAUUCGCUGUUUCGUAUUAAAUUACAUUAAAUAUAUGACAUUGAGAUAUGAAU